AUGUUAUCCUUCAUAUCAUUUUCGUCACAGCCAACUGAUUUCACUUAUCAUCGAUCAGUGCGACAUCAUCCGGAUGUCGAGGAUCUUAUGGACGUGGAUGACGACGAUUUCACAGGUUCUGAGCCAAGGCUGACUUGUCCAGGGGAGACCAUCACAUCGUCCCAAGCAUUCAUGCGUGGUCAUGGGACUUAUGUUGAUAAAGAGGAUGUCAUUGCCUCCGUCGUGGGGACUGUAGAGCGCGUGAACAAAUUGGUGACCGUUCGUGCAAUUCGUACCAGAUACAAUCCAGAGGUGGGAGAUCUCGUCGUUGGGCGCAUAACGGAGGUUCAACCUCGAAGAUGGAAAGUAGACGCCAAUUCGCGCCAAGACGCCGUCUUGAUGCUCUCGUCAGUCAAUUUGCCCGGAGGGGUACAACGGCGGAAACUAGAGAGCGAUGAACUUCAAAUGCGAACCUUCUUCGAGGAAGGGGAUCUUCUAGUUGCGGAAGUACAAGCUUUUUUUUCAGAUGGCGCCAUGUCACUACACACGCGGUCCUUGAAGUACGGCAAGGCGAGUACCACAUUGUCACAUUCCCCUGAGCAAGGGCUGCGGAAUGGCCAACUCGUGACAGUACCCCCAAUAUUGGUUCGGCGAUUAAAGUCACAUUUUAUAUCUUUGCCGUGCGGUGUCGACCUUAUCCUGGGGUUAAACGGCUACAUAUGGGUUAGCAAACAAGCAAAGGACAACGACCAGGGAGAAGAGGGUUUUGAUGCUGAAGCGGUAUAUUCAAACCAAAACGAUGAGAUCGACAAUGCUACUCGCGCUGCAAUCUCACGCGUCAGUAACAUCAUUCGUGUCUUCGCGGAUCACUUCGUUCCUUUAACAGAUACACUUUUACUGGAAGCCUAUGAGUGGGUCAUCGAGCAAGAAGGGGAUGCCAAACAUCUGUUAUUGGGUGAUGCAGGCGAUGCGCUCGUCGCUGCGAUGAGUCUUAGGUCAUAG